AUGGCAGUAUCAUCUGAGAAAGGAGAAGAUGAUUAUGAUUAUGAACAUAUGUUAAGAAUCACUAGUAGUAAUUAUGUGAUCGGUGAUAAUUCUGGUACAAUUGAAGGUGUUGUUGAUUACAAAGGCGAGAAAGUGAGUAUUGGAUCAAAUUUUGGUGGUUGGAGAUCCGCUUUUCUCAUUAUUGGAGCUGAAUUUGGAGAAACUAUAGCUUACUAUGCAAUAUCUUCAAAUUUAAUUACUUAUCUAACUGGUCCUUUAGGUCAGUCCACUGUUGCAGCUGCAGCUAAUGUAAAUGCUUGGUCUGGUACGGUAUGGAUGCUUCCAUUUUUGGGUGCCUUUGUUGCAGACUCUUAUCUUGGUCGAUUUCGUACCAUCUUCUUCUCUUCUGUAAUCUAUGUACUGGGACUCGGAUUUUUAACUCUAUCAGCACUUCUUACUUUUAGUAUGAGCCCCACGAAAUACGAUGCAGCGUAUGGAACGUCUUCUGCUUCUCCUCCUCCUUUCUUAGUCCUGUUUUUCUUUCUAUCAUUGUACCUUGUAGCAAUUGGCAAGGCUGGAUUUAAGCCAUGCGCAGAAGCUUUUGGUGCUGAUCAAUUUGAUGAACGAAACCCUGAGGAGAGCUCAUCGAAAAGCUCAUUUUUCAAUUGGUGGUAUUUUGGAUUAUGUGUUGGUAGUAGCAUUUCUCACGUGGUCUUGACCUACAUUCAGGAUAACAUGAGCUGGGUUCUUGGUUUCGGGAUUCCUUGCAUUUGUAUGCUUUUUGGGCUCUUCGUUUUCUUACUUGGAAUGAAAACUUACCGGUUUAGUAAAGUUGAGAACAAAGAAAACCCAAUAUUAAGAAUAGCUAGAGUAUAUGUUGCAUCUGCAAAGAACUGGAGAGCCACAUCAACUAGUAACGAUGAGGAAAGAAUCGCAGUGCCUAACAAUCAAUUUCGUGUUGGUGCUAACCAAUUCAAGUUUUUGGAUAAAGCAUUGAUCGAAUCACCAAAUUCGGAUCAAGUUGGUUCAAAUAAACGUGGCAUGUCAUGUGGUGUUGAUCAGGUUGAAGAUGCAAAAGUAGUAUUGCGCUUGGUUCCUAUAUGGAUUGUAUGCCUAACAUAUGCAGUUGUGUUUGCUCAAUCCUCAACUUUCUUUACAAAGCAGGCAAGCACUAUGAACAGAAGAAUAGGACAAGGCUUUCAGAUACCACCUGCCUCCCUUCUAACAGUCGAUUCCUUCACAGUCAUUAUUUUCAUUCCAAUUUAUGACCGGCUCUUUGUUCCUUUGACUCGACGUUUAACCCGAAAUCAAAGUGGCAUAUCAAUGCUUCAGAGAAUUGGUUGCGGCCAAUUUAUAUCUACAAUGGCAAUGGUUUUAGCCGCAUUAGUCGAGAAGAAGAGACUUCAAACUGCUUUUGAUUUCGGGUUAAUUGACAAGCCGAAUGAAAUCAUUCCUAUCAGCUUCUGGUGGUUGGUUCCUCAAUAUAUAAUGUUCGGUAUUGGGGAGGUUUUUGCAAUGAUUGGCUUACAAGAAUUCUUUUAUGAUCAAGUGCCAGACAAGUUGAGAAGUAUGGGUCUUUCCCUAUACUUGAGCAUUUUUGGCAUAGGGUACCUUCUUAGUAGCUGUCUCAUCCAUGCCAUUGACAAGUCAACUAGUGGGAGCAGGCAAGGUACCUGGUUCCCUGAUAACCUAAAUCGAGCUCAUCUCGAUUAUUUUUAUUGGUUCCUAGCUGGACUUAGCGCGCUAAAUUUAGUUGCUUACUUGUAUGUUUCAAAAUAUUAUCUCUAUAAAAGAGUAAAUUUGAAGUAA